AUGUCGGCUGUUCUGUUCCACGGCGACACCGGCCGGUUCCUUCUCAUGCUGGCCUUGGGGACUUCUCUUGUCAAUUUUUUCUCAACUCCUUUCAUGCGACUCCUGGCUCCCGCCCCUGCGGCGCCAUAUAUCUCAGUCUCUCGACCUCGCUCGGUUGAAUCCAGGCCGCUCCGGAGGCCUAAAUCUACCGAGCUGCAAUCUCACUUUGGAGACUCUGGUGAAGCAGGUAUGCAUACUUCCACUACUAUCUUCUCCCAGUCCGCGAUCCACUCCAGAAACCACUCCACCGCGUCCCACUCCCAGCCGAACGGGAACGGCCCGGAUUUUGAUGAGUUGUCAUCCUUGGUCUCCAAGACGCCGUCAAGAACGUCGCAGGAGUCCUUCUACGAGCGUAACGCGGAAGUGGAUGACGAUGGGUUCUCUGAUGUUACUCCCGACUCACGUCAGCCAGACAUCAGGGGAUUGGCAAUGCUCCGUAAGAUCGAGUUCUGGCAGCUUUUCCUGACCAUGGCACUGCUUUCUGGCAUUGGUCUGAUGACCAUCAAUAAUAUUGGCAAUAGUGCCAAAUCACUCUGGGAGCACUAUGAUGAUAGUGCGUCGCCUAAAUUUAUCCAGGAACGACAGGUUAUGCACGUUUCGAUUCUGUCCUUUGGCAACUUUGCUGGCCGUCUUUCUAGUGGCUCACACUCGCUAGGCAUUGGAUCCGAUAUUCUUGUCAAGAAGUUCAACAUGUCACGAUUCUGGUGCCUCUUCAUGUCUUCGGCGGUUUUCACCCUCACGCAACUCGCAGGCGCAUCGAUCUGGAACCCAAACCAGCUGGCAAUUGUGUCGGCCUUUACCGGCAUCGCAUACGGGUUCCUUUUCGGUGUUUUCCCAUCCUUGACGGCUCAUACUUUCGGCAUCAAUGGUCUCUCGCAGAACUUCGGCGUGAUGACCAUGGCGCCAGUGCUGAGCGGUAACAUAUUUAACCUGUUUUACGGGAUGGUUUACGACCAUCAUUCAAUCGUGGAUCGCAACGGAGACCGGGACUGUCCUGACGGGCUCUCGUGCUACCAAUCCGCGUAUUACAUGACCUUCUUUUCUGGAGUCGGUGGAAUCAUUGUGUGCUUAUGGAGCAUUUGGCGCGACGGGCGGCGUACACGGACCCAUGCUAAGCUUGAGCAUGAUAGACUUGCCUGA